AUGGAAGUAACACGAUGGGGAGCAGGGCCUUCUCCCUCCUCCACUCAGCAAGCCCUCUGCCAACUUCCCUGUGGGCCAAGGAACAGACCCAGCUCCUGCCCUAGGGUUCAGGUGCCCAGCGAGAGCACGAAAACCUCAGCCAGCCAGUCAUCAGGAGGGAGGCGACGCUGGAGGUUUGAAGCCAAUCUGAAGGGCAGAGCCAGAUCUGCUCUGUCCAAGGAGGCGCGGAAGAGGCGCCGCACCAAUGUCGGCCGCAGCAGCGCUCCUGUGGUCAGCAGAAAAGUGAAACCUUCGAUCAAGAAGCAGGACAGACAUGGGGUGUGGUGGUGCACACCUGUGAUCCCAGCACUUGGGAGGCUGAGGCAGGAGGAUCACCCUAGUCAAGACUGCCUUAUCCCCUCCCCUCCAGAGAGAGAUGGACAGGACCCUGCUGAGGAUGAAGCACCCAGGUCCUGGAUGGUGACUCCCAUCUGCUACCCAGUAUUUCUGUGCCUGGGACAUCGGGGUCCACUCUCUCUGCUGGAUGAAGAUGAACUGCUUUCAACUGAGAACACUUCGCUCUCUGGUGGACGAGGAGGCAAAAGAGACUACAGUUCCACCUCACUCAACAAAUGGAGGCAGGAGACAGCUCAGUUCCAAAAACACUUAUCAAGCACCCACAGUAUUCAGGUUCUCACUAAGUUGCCCAGGCUGGCCUUGAACUGUCAAUCCUCUUGCCUCAGCCUCCCAAGUCACUGGGAUAAUAGCUCGGUGGUAUAACACUUGCCUGGCAUGGAUGGGGCCCUGGGAUCCUUGCUCAGCAC